AUGCCUCGUAAAAUUAACAGAGAAACUCGUAGAACUUCCAAUGAACAGUUGUCUCGAAGAAAUAAACGGAAGAACGUUUUUAAUCCGAAAACCGUGGAAUGUGAUGAGAGCAGUUUCAGCGCCUCAGCAAAAAAAUUUAAAGCGCAAGAUGAAAUAUAUGUAACUUGCGAUACGUCAGUUGAAUAUAGAAUUUUAAAUUUUAUAACUGUGUUUACGGCUAUUAGUGAGUAUGUAUUGUGUAAAACUUGCCGUGAGCCACUAAAGUUUGAAACAGCAUCAGAACGUGGACUUGGUUUUAAAAUUGUUAUCUUAUGUGAUAAAUUUAGUCCUCGUAGUGCAAACUCUUGUAACUUUGUCAAACACUCGUAUGAAAUAAAUCGACGAUUUAUAUUUGUGAUGAGAACCCUUGGGUUAGGUUUGAAAGGUGCUACUCAAUUUUGUGGGCUAAUGGACAUGCCAGCUUUUUUGCUCCAAACUUCAUAUGAUAUGAUCGUUAAAAAUAUCCACGAAUGUGUGUCAGUAGUCACAGAUAAACUUUUAAAAAAAGCUUGUGUUGAGGAAAUGAAUGCCACGUCUGAACAGCAGGGUGAUGAACAUAAGAGUGAUUUAACAGUCUCGGGAGAUGGCACUUGGAAAAAAAGGGGAUUUACUUCUCUAUUUGGAGUUACAUCUCUAAUUGGAUACUACAGUGGAAAGAUAAUUGAUUUAAAAGCUCUUACUGUAAGCAAUGCGAGCCUAGGAAAUCUCACAAGGAUUCUGCUGAAUAUCAGGAAUGGUGGAAAGAGCACAAAGACGUAUGCUCAGCUAACCACGACGGGUCAUCAGGAAAAAUGGAAGUUGAUGCUGUUAUUGCCAUGUUCAAACGUUCAUGUUCAAAAGUAUCAAGUUCGUUUUAGAAACUACAUCGGUGAUGGUGACUCUAAAACUUAUUCGGGGAUUUUGAAGGCUGCUCCUUAUGGUGAGACAGAAGUAACGAAGAAAGAAUGUAUUGGGCAUGUUCAAAAAAGAAUGGGCAAACGGCUAAGAGACAUAGUAAAUAAUACAGUAGAAGAAAUGAAAGAUAAGAAUGGAAAAAAAAAGAAGUUGCUUGGUGGCAAAGGUAAAUUGAUUGGGAAACUUAUUGAUAAAUUAACUGUUUACUAUGGUUUAGCGAUUAGGAGACACUGUGAUUCUGUUGACAGUAUGUAUAAAGCCAUUUGGGCAUCUUAUUUCCAUAACUGCUCUACAGAUAAAAACCCUCAGCAUGAUAAUUGUCCUAUAGGAGAAAACUCGUGGUGUUCGUGGCAAAAAGCGCGAGCCUUGGGAACUUUGCCCAGCUAUAAACAUGAUUAUGAGGCCUUACCACCUGAUGUUGCAACAGCUAUUUUUCUCUAA